AUGGGUGGUGUUACCGUCAAGGACAUUGAGUCUCACACUUUCGUGAAGGCGUACGCCGCUUUCUUGAAGCGUCAGGGAAAGCUCCCCAUUCCAGGCUGGGUUGACACUGUCAAGACAAGCCACUCCAAUGAGCUCCCUCCCCAGGACAUCGACUGGUUCUACGUCCGCGCCGCUGCCAUUGCCCGCCACAUCUACAUGCGCAAGACUGUCGGUGUAGGCCGCCUCCGCAAGGUCCACGGAUCCACCAAGAACCGCGGCUCCCGCCCUUCCCACCACGUCGACGCUUCUGGCUCCGUUGACCGCAAGGUCAUGCAGGCUCUCGAGAAGAUUGGUGUCCUUGAGCAGGACGAGGACAAGGGUGGCCGCCGCAUCACACAGUCUGGCCAGCGUGAUUUGGACCGUAUUGCGCAGACCACCCUCGAGGCCGAGGAGGAGGACGACGAGUAG